GCCCCGGGAGUCGAGGGAGCGCGCGCGCGUCGCGCAGAUCGGAGCUGGGAGCGCGCGCGGAGGAGCGCAGCAGCAGCCGGAGCGACAGAGAGCGACUUCCCUUGGCCUCCUCUUCCUUUAACUCCCCACGCACCCGCCCCCAUCUAGCCACCGGCAGAGCAACCAGCGGUAGCGCAGUCGCCCACUCGACGUUGUCGUUCCCGGAGAGUUUCAUCCGACAACUCCACCACCACCCACGCCGCGACACCCCCCCCCCGCCUCUCCUCCUCCUCGCUCUCGCGCCUGUUCCUCCUCUUUUCUUCGCCCCUCGUUUUAUUCGACACGUGUCGCUCCCUCGCUCGCUCGCUCUCAGCUGCUUGUUCGUUAAUCGCCGCGACCGACGCUUCGUCGGGCGUCUUCCUUUGCUCGCUCCCCACGCGGUGUGGAAUACGGAUUGGAGGAGGAGGAGGUGGUGGGUGGAGUGAGCGAGCGAGCGAGAGAGGGAGCUACUCGCAUUAUAAUAAAAAAAAACGAGGCGACAGAUAUUUUUUUUGUCCGGCAAAGCUACAGGCGGCAGCGGCUGUCUGGAGAGAGGUCUCCAUCUCUCUCUCGCUCGCUCUCUCUCUCUCUCGCUUUCCUUUGUCUCAAAUAUCUUCUCGCUCGCACCGCGCGCGCUCUCUCUCGCGCCUCUCCUCUCGCCGUCUCGAGCGUGCCUAUUGUUCAGCGCAAGCAUGGGCGGACAGUUGUCCAAGGCGGGCAACCGCGAAACCGUGGGAGACGCGGUGGUGGCAUCGCCCCAAAAACUCAACGGACAGGAUGGCGACCACGCCAAGGUGAACGGCGACGCGUCCCCGGGGGCCGGCGACGCCAAGGCCGACGUGCAGGCCAACGGCAGCGCCACGGUCGCGGCCGCUGACAAGGAGGAGGUGGAGGAGAAGGAGGAGGGCGGCGCCGGAGGGGCGGCCGCCGCCCCCGCGGCCACCGACGACGCGAAAGCGCCGGACUCCAACGGCGACGCCGUUGAAGCCGCCGCGGCCGCCCCGGCGCAGGCCGAGGCCGCCGCGGGGGCCGCGGCGGCCGCGUCCCCGGCCUCGGUUGUCGCCUCCCCCAAGUCGGACGACGCGGCCACCCCGGGCGCGUCCGGCGAGACGCCCAACAAGAAGAAGAAGAAACGCUUCUCCUUCAAGAAGUCCUUCAAGCUGAGCGGCAUCUCCUUCAAGAAGAAGCCCAAGGAGGAGAGCGCCGAGGGGGCCGACGCCAAGGCGGCCGCCGUCAAGGAGGGAGCGGCUGAGGGGGCAGAGGGGGCCAAGGAGGAGGCCGCCGCCGCUGCACCAGCCGAGGGCAAGAAGAGCGGCGAGGAGAAGGAGGAGGGGGAGGGGGCGGCCGCCGCGGCGGCGGCUGAGAAGACGCCGGCCAAGGAGGCCGAGCCGAAGCCGGCGGAGGCCAAGGAGGAGGCCGGAGGCGCUCAGGAGGCGGCGGCCGCCGCCGCCCCCGACGCGGCGGAGAGCGGCAAGGGACAAGAGGCGGCGGGAGCGGCGGCCAAGCCUGGCGACGACGCCAAGGAGGAGCCGGCGGCUGCGGAGGCCGGCGCGGCGGGAGCGGCGGCUGGUGCCAGCGAGAGCAAGGAGGCCGCCACUGCCGCCGCCACUCCGGCCAAGACGACGGGAGAAGCCGCCGCGGCGCCGGCGGCGGCGGCGGCGAGCAAAGCGGAGGAGGAGAAGAGCGAGGAGGCGGAGGCCGCCCCUAGCGCGGCCCAAGGGGCGGAAGCUGCGGCCCCCGAGGCCGAGUAGAGGGCGGCGGCGGCGGCCUCGCUGACGGCCUCGCUGACGGCAGCGGUGACGGCAGCCACGACGACGAGGAGGAGGAGGGGGGGGGAGUGGUGAGAGGGGAGGGGGCGCUGAGGCUCUUCCCCACCACCUCUCCCUCUCGGCACGGUGCCAUGGCCGGCGUUCUGGGGUUCGAGAGACUUUCCAGGGAUGUGCGGUCGUUUCUUUUCCCCGGUUUUUUUCCUCUUCUCGUGUCCUCCUCCUCCUCCGCCCCCCCCCCUCCCAAAAAAAGUGAUUUAAAAAAAAAGGUAGCCAGGCCCCCCUGUUACCCCCCCCCCUCCACUGCCUCCCCCCACCUCGUCCCACCACCGCAGUCCGCAAUGGGUAUACCUUGAUCAUCGCGUUGUCAGUAUUACCGAUUUUUGCAUACGAUUUGCAUACUUUUAUAUACAGAAUGUUGCGUGUACGUAUGGGGGGGGGGUGGGGAUUAGGCGGAAAGGGGGGGGGUUCAUUUUCUUGCGUGCGUGUUAGAGGAAAAACAAGAAAAUGUAACGAAAAAACCCACCUCACACACACACACGCUAUGCCCCCCCCCCCCCAACAGCUGUCCGGUAUUCUCCUGUCUCUCUCUCUCUGUGUGUGUGUGCGUCGCGGGCCUCGGUGGCCCCCCAUGUCCCUCUGGUCCCGUGUUUGUGGUGGGUGAGUGGGGGGGAUGGGCAUCGUGUCGAGACUGUUUACGGUAGGAGGGGGGGGUAGAGAACACGUCACGUGGUGUGUGGGGGGGGGAGCUGUGGGGGGGUCGC